AAUAUAACGUAUGAUGAGAUAUAUAAUAAAGGCUAUAAUAAAUUUACAGGGUCGAAAUCACUUACACGUAUGCAAUUGUAUUAUUAUUUUUUUAUUUUUUAUUUUGCUUCUACAGUCACAUUUGCUAAGACCAUAUAUACGCCUCGUAAUAAUUUCUCAAAGCUCUCUGUUUCUCCGCCAGCAAAGCCAUUACAUCACUUGCAUACAUAUUAAAAUAUAUAUAAACACAUCUAGUAUAUAUCAACCAUUAAUCUAGUACUGCAAAUAGAAUCAAAAGUUCAAAGUCUUCCUAUCCAUAUCAGCAUUGCCGUAGUAAAAAUGAAGAAAAUAGCAGAGCUGGUCUUCAUCCCCUCGCCCGGAGUCGGUCACCUCACAUCGGCACUGGAGAUGGCCAACCUCCUCAUCCGCCGCGACGAACGGAUCUUCAUUACAUUCAUCAUAAUGAAGGUGCCCUUUGAUACCAAGACCAGUAUUCAUACCCAAUCAACGGCUGAAGACGCGAACUCACGCAUACGUUUUGUGGAACUUCCUCACGAAGAACCAAGUACAGAACAGAAGUCCCGUUUCCACAUCAUGACCACCCUUAUAGAAACCAACAAGACUCGAGUGAGAGAUGUUGCUGCCGGAAUCCAAACAAAUAGGCUUGCUGGGUUCGUUGUUGAUGUGUUCUGCAGCAGCAUGAUCGAUGUGGCCGACGAGUUGGGGAUCCCAACCUACAUCUACUUCACGUCCAGUGCCGGUUUUCUUGGCCUCAUGUUUCAUCUCCAGUUCAUCCAAGAUGACCAAAACAAAGACAUUAUUCAGUUCAAGGACUCGGAUACUGAGUUAUCAGUUCCAAGUUUUGCCAAUUCAGUUCCGACUAAGGUCUUGCCGUCUGUGAUGCUGCAAAACCAAGAUGAGUGCAGCAGGUUCCUAGCACAUGCCCGAAGGUUCAGACGUACAAAAGGCAUCUUGGUCAACACGUUCAUGGAGCUAGAAUCCCAUGCAGUGAAGUCCCUAUCUGACAGUAAGACCCCGCCAAUCUACCCGGUGGGACCUGUACUCAACCUCAAGAUUGGUGAUGGGAGCCACCAAUCCGAUGCUAUCAUGAGCUGGCUCGACGAUCAGCCACCAUUGUCAGUGGUGUUCUUGUGCUUCGGGAGCUUGGGAAGCUUCGGUAAGGAACAGGUGAAAGAGAUUGCGGAUGCACUAGAGCGUAGUGGCUACCGUUUCUUGUGGUCCCUGCGUCAGCCUCCACCAAAGGGAAAGGUAGAGCUUCCAAAAGAAUACGAGAAUCCACAGGAAGUCCUGCCGGAGGGAUUCUUGGAACGGAUGGCAGGGAUGGGAAAAGUGAUUGGCUGGGCGCCACAAGUGGCAGUGCUGUCACACCCGGCGGUGGGAGGGUUUGUGUCACAUUGCGGGUGGAAUUCUACGUUGGAGAGCGUGUGGUGUGGAGUGCCCAUGGCAGCAUGGCCUCUGUACGCAGAGCAGCAAUUGAAUGCUUUUGAAAUGGUGAGAGAGUUGGGGUUAGCAGUGGAGAUCAAGAUGGACUUUAGGAAAGAUCCCAGUAGAGAUAUUAACCAAGAGCCUUUGACGGCAGAGGAGAUAGAGACUGGGAUAAGAAAAGUAAUGACGAACGACCAGGAAAUUAGGAAGAAGGUGAAUGAGAUGAAAGAAAAGAGCAGAGAAGCCAUGAUGGAGGGUGGGUCAUCCUACAUUUCUCUGGGACGUCUAAUUGAGGAUGUGAUUAAAAGUAUGGAUUUCCACUCUUAAAAAUCUGAAUAAAUGAUGCCUCCCAGUGCAUGGAAUACACUUUCCUGAGAACCAUGGUGGCCUUCACUUCCUUUCAACCGGAUACAUGUUCUCCAUAAGUUGCAUGUGAAGUAAAUGAAAACAGGAAGUCAUAUCUUUAAUGAGCUAUCAAAUGCAUGUAUUUUGUUUCAAUGAAAAAUGAUACUAACAUUGGCUGUUCACUUAGAUAGGAUUUAUAUACAUUGCAGCUAUUGCUAAUCCUAUUGUAUUGAGGUAUUUCCCCUGAGAUAACAAUCACGUACAAAGCAAAGGCUAUUUUCUAGAAA